AUGGCUUACUUCACACGAUUCCCUUCUGACGACUUCGCUCCUCUCUUCCGUCUUCUGGACGACUACGACAGCCACCGUGCUACUCGUCCGAAGAACACCCAGCAGGUCACUCCCGUCCGCACCUUCGCUCCCAAGUUCGAUGUGAGGGAGUCGCAGGAAGGUUACUACCUGGACGGCGAGCUUCCUGGAGUCAACCAGAAGGAUGUUGAGAUCGAAUUCAGCGACGCUGAGACGCUCGUCAUCAAGGGCCGCUCUGAGCGCGAAUCCACCAAGACCAACGUCGAUGAGAACCAAAAGCAAAUCGAGGGCCACAAGCCUCACCAGCCCACCGUUGAGGAUGAGGAGGAGUCCGCCGAAACAACCAACGCCGUGACCAAAUCCGAUAAGCAAGUCGCGAAGCAAACCGAGCAGCCUCAGCACAAGUACUGGAUCAGCGAGCGCUCGAUCGGUGAAUUCCAGCGCACCUUCACCUUCCCAACGAGAGUCGACCAGGACAACGUCAAGGCCAGCCUGAAGAACGGCAUCCUCUCAAUCUUUGUUCCAAAGGCUGCCGCCCCAACUUUGAAGAAAAUCAGAGUCGAGUAA